AUGGUGUGUCUUUAUGUUGAUGACAUAUUGUUGACAUGGAGUUGUUCUGAUGAGAUAGUCAAGUACAAGAAUGUACUGAUGAAUGAAUUUGAGAUGACUGACCUAGUAAAUUUGGUAUACUUUCUAGGGAUAGAGGUUUUGUACUCUGAAAAAGGUAUCAUUUUGCAUCACCUAAAGUAUGAACUUGAACUUCUCAAGAUAUUCGAACUGACAAAUAGAAAGUCUGCAGUCACACCUUCUGAAACAAAUCACAAGCUGGAUUCUAAUAUUGAGGGUGAUGAUGUAAAUGCUACAACUUUUAAACAGUUGGUAGGGUCACUGAGAUAUCUAUAUAAUACUAGACAUGACAUUUGUUACGCAGUUAGAAUGGUGAGUAGAUUUAUGAACAACUCAAAGUGGUCACAUUAUCAAGCUUCUAUUAGAAUUUUGAGGUAUAUUAAGGGGACUUUGAAGUAUGGAGUUGUGUUCCCUUCUGAAGAUGAAUGUGAGUCCGAACUAAUGUGUUACUCAGACUCUGGCUGGUGUGGUGAUAGAGUUGACAGAAGAAGUACUUCUAGAUAUUUUUUCAAAUUUAUAGGAAGUCUCAUUUCUUGGUGUUCCAAGAAGCAACCUGUUAUUGCUUUGUCAACUUGUGAAUCUGAAUACAUUGCAGGUGCUUUGUCUGCAUGUCAAGCUGUUUGGAUGAUGAAUUUGUAA